AAUAUUUGAUAUUUUUUGAUAACUAAAUUUAGAUAGGAACAUUAUUUAAUAAAAGAUUAAUAAAUUUUCUGUCAAAGAUAAGUUAACGAAAUAAAGCUGCUGAUAAAUUUGUGCGAAUAUUUCAUCAAAUUAAAAACCAUUUAACGAUUGAACUCAACAAUCGUAACAAGUUUUUUUAGUUUAAACUUAUUUUUCUAUUGCACUUAUACAAAAUGUCAGGUUUUGAUUUAAAAAGUCUCGAAGACUCUUUGGCAAAGCACAUUCCAGAAAAUGAACUUAAAGAAGUAAAACGUAUUAUUUAUGGACGAUCUGAUGAUCAUGAAUUGGAAAUACCUGCAAAUGCAAAGAAAAUUUCAGAAGAGAAUAAUUUUGAAAUCAAGGCGUUUUCUUUCCCUGCCAAAAAAGAAGACUUAAGACAAUCGCGUUUGGUUCGAAUCGGUGCUAUACAAAAUAGUAUUGUUCUUCCAACAACUGAUCCUAUCGAAAAGCAACGUAAAGCUAUUUAUGAUAAAGUUGUGACAAUCAUUAAGGCAGCUGGCGAGGCUGGAGUUAACGUCCUUUGCACUCAAGAAGCAUGGACAAUGCCCUUUGCCUUCUGUACUCGAGAGAAAUUCCCCUGGUGCGAGUUCGCCGAAGAAGCCGAAACAGGCCCUACCACCAAAUUACUAUCCGAAUUGGCCAAAGCUUACAAUAUGGUCAUAAUCUCAUCAAUUCUCGAACGUGAUACAAAUCAUGGUGACACCAUUUGGAAUACAGCUGUUGUAAUAUCAAAUAAAGGUCGUUAUUUGGGUAAACAUCGUAAAAACCACAUUCCUCGUGUUGGUGAUUUCAAUGAAUCCACUUAUUACUACGAAGGCAACACUGGUCAUCCAGUUUUUGAAACUGAAUUUGGUAAAAUUGCCAUCAACAUUUGCUAUGGUCGUCAUCAUCCACAAAAUUGGAUGAUGUUUGGUCUAAAUGGAGCUGAAAUAGUUUUCAAUCCUUCAGCAACAGUUGGUCAACUAAGUGAACCGUUGUGGGGUAUUGAGGCUAGAAAUGCAGCUAUUGCUAAUAGUUAUUUUACGGUAGCUAUUAAUCGUGUUGGAACGGAAGAGUUUCCAAAUGAAUUUACAUCUGGUGAUGGAAAGAAUGCACAUAAGGAAUUUGGUCCGUUUUAUGGAUCAUCUUAUGUUGCAGCUCCUGAUGGCUCAAGGACACCGGGUCUUUCAAGAAGUAGCGAUGGACUAUUGAUUGCUGAAGUUGAUUUGAAUCUGUGCCGACAAGUUAAGGACUUUUGGGGAUUCCGAAUGACACAACGACUACCCAUGUAUGCAGAAUCCUUUGCAAAGGCAUCGGAAUUGGAUUUUAAGCCACAAAUUAUUAAAGAAUAA